AUGUAUUGUAGUUGCGAGAUUCAAACAUACUUUUAAACUAAAAUAAUUCUCCCCUGUUAGUAAAACUCUAUUGAAGAAAAAAAAGACUAUUCACAAUCUAUAACUUUAUGUGACUCUGUUAAAUAAUCUCUUUCUCAAAAACUUGAUUCAAUAUUUAGCAAAAUGAAAGCAGAUCACAGAAAAAUAAGCGGCUAUUAAAGUAGAAAACUUAUUCUAUAAUCUGAUUAAUGCUCCACCCUGAGUGAUGAUUCAAAAACAAAUAUUAAUAGCCAUGAAUCUUACGAAACUUUUAAUUCUAGAAACAGCUUUAUCAUUUAAAGCUUGAUUCCUAUUUCUGAAAUAUAGAAUGAAGAUAUAAAAUACUAAAAUAUUUUUAAUUCUGCGUAAUCUUCUUAGAAAAUUAACUAAACAUCAAUUUAAUCAGCCAACUCAAAUUAAAUCUAUGAAUCUAAUGGAACAGAUUUAAAUCAAAAAGAAAAAAAUUUCUUUCUAGAUUUACCUUUAGAUAAGUCCAGAUGCUUUUUUGACGAUAAUGAAGAUGAAAAUAAAAACUCUUUUAAGGACUCGACAUAUCUAGCUAUAUAGUAAAGCGGAAUCCAUAACGUACAAAAAUCACUAUCAAAGAGAGUUACCUUUCAAGAUUUAAUAUUUUAAGACAAAUUUUAGAAUUGCAAAGAAAAUUAAUCACUCUUGCUCCAACAAAGUAAAUUAGAAGCAAAAUUUACUAACUCAGUGUUUAGAAUCUAACUAUAGUUAGAUGAUUCUAAAAAAGCUAAUAAACCAAUACUGAAAAAACCAUAAUCCCUUUAAUUUAAUACAGAAAGAAAAUAAUAGAAAAAGGAUACUUUUUAAUCAUGCGAUCUUGAUAUGGACUAUUUUAAAAUAAAAAAUGAAGAACUUAUUUUAGACUUACUGGAUUAAGAGAUUUCUAAAUAUGCAUAAUAAAAAAAGUAUUUUUUCAGUGAGCUGGUAACUAAAAUAUCUAAAUCAGGAGAGAAGAAGCAAAAGAUCAUCUUUAUCACUCUAAAUUGUUUUUAUGUUCUAGAAGAUCUUUAUAGUCAUAACCAUAUUUAAAAAUGUGAUAUUUGUGAUAUAAAUAAGAUAAUAAUUCAUUCUGAGAGUAGCAAAAUUUGCUCAAUCAUUGUGAAAAAUAUCUUUUAACUUAAUUUACAAAUUAAACAUUUUAAUGUUUUUAUUUUAUUUAUUCAAAGCAUUUUUAAAUGUGUCUUAGAAACCUAUUUACCUAUUUAGUAAGAGUGGAAAUAACAACGAAAAGAAUAAGCCAAAACCAAUAAAAAUAAAAACACUGAAUUGGUUUUAACUUCACCUUUAAAUAAGUAUAAAAUAGAGUCCUACACUCAAAUUCAAUUCAAGCCAAGCGCACAUAGUAAAGCUCAGAUAUGA